AUGGCCAAGGCCUGCGCAGACACGGAUUCUCGCGCCGAGAAUGCUGCGGGCUGGGUUUCAGAUAGUUCCAAGAUAACCGGCUUCUCCCAUUUCCAUGAUUCUGGAACCGGAGGGUCACCGUCCAUGGGCAACUUUCCACUGUUCGCUCACCCUGGCUGCGCCAACGAUGACUAUCUAGCAUGCAAAUACACAACGGACCAAAGAAGCCUCUUCCGUGUCAACGGUUCGGUCGUGGCUCGUCCAGGUUACUUCUCCGUCGACCUCACAAACACCGUUCGUGUUGAAAUGACGGUCAGCGAGCGUACGGCGCUGUACCGCUUCAACUUUUCACCCAACGACACAGUAUCAUAUGUGGACGUCGCUAACCAUGGUACAAUCGACGCUGUUAGCAGCCCUCUGAUUCUCAUCGACCUCGCAGAUAUUGCCCAGAGCAGAUCCAGCGGAGGUAUCCAAGUGUACGAAUCGGGCCGUGUCAUUGGCGAUGGCACUUUCAGACCCUCCUUUGGACAGGGCAACUACAGGGCAUUCUUCUGUGCCGAUUUUCGAGGAGCCAAAAUUCGCAAGUCUGGUGUGUUCGAAGGCGAUGAUCCCCACGAGGAGCCGAAAUAUCUGGCAGAGUUCACCCGAGGCAUGCACAACCCUACCGGUGCCGCCGGCGCGUGGCUGCACUUCGAGAAGCCCGAGAACCACCAGAUCCUCGCCCGGGUUGGCCUCUCCUUCAUUUCCGUCGACAAGGCUUGCCAGAAUGCCGAGGAUGAGAUACCAAAAUUCGACUUCGAUGGCACCUUGCGCGCUGCAGAGUCGACGUGGAGCGAGAAGCUCUCGGUGGUGGAACUCGAUACCGCGGGUGUAAGCGAAGACAUGAAGACUACCUUCUGGUCUGGUCUCUACAGAAGUUUUCUCUCGCCGCAGAAUUACACGGGCGAAAACCCGCUGUGGGAAUCGUCCGAACCGUACUUUGACUCGUUUUACUGUAUCUGGGACUCCUUCCGGGCCCAGCACCCACUGCUUACCAUUGUGGACCCGGAGGCGCAGACGCAAAUGGUUCGCACUUUGUUGGACAUCUACAGAUUUGUUGGUAAGCUUCCAGACUGCAGGAUGUCGUUCUGCAAAGGGUUCAGCCAAGGAGGCUCCAAUGCCGACAUUGUGAUUGCGGACGCCUACCUCAAGAACAUCACCAAUGGCGUGGACUGGAAGACCGCAUACGAGGCCGUGGUCUCGGAUGCCGAAGUUGCGCCGCAGCAUUUUGGCGUCGAAGGCCGGGGCAACCUCGAAAGCUGGUUCGGGCUAGGCUAUAUUGCUGUAGAUCACUUUGAUAAGGUCUCGACUGGUCCGCAGAGUCGCUCUAUUUCCCGCACAGUCGAGUAUGCAUACGACGACUUCUGCAUCGCAGAGAUGGCGAAAGGCCUUGGCCACGACGAUGACUUUGCCAAGUAUAUGCAGCGCAGUGCCAACUGGCAAAACCUUUGGAACCCGGACCAGCAAGACAUCAUUCGGGGCAAGGACCACACUGAGGUUGAACGGACAAAAUAUACGGGAUUCCUGAUGCCGAAGCUGGUGAACGGCUCGUUUACAUACCAGAACACCCGCAUCUGUUCGCCCAACACGGAACAGCACCUGUGCUACUUCGAUACGGGGCAGGCCACGUACGAGGGAUCCCCUUGGCUAUACUCGUUCUUUGCGCCACAGGACAUGGCGACGCUAAUCAAGCUCAUGGGCGGCCGGGAAGCGUUUGUCGACAGGCUCGAGUACUAUCACAGCGGCAACAUUGUCUACAUGGGGAAUGAACAAGCCUUUCUCACCGUGUUCCAAUUCCACUACGCCGGGAGACCCGGCCUCAGCUCGCGCACGACGCGCAGCUACAUCCCAUCGCAGUUCAAUGCCACCAUCAACGGGAUUCCCGGUAAUGACGACUGUGCCAUGGGCGCUUUCAGCGCGCUUGCAAUGAUGGGCUUCUUCCCCGUCGCGGGGCAAGACGUGUACCUGGUCAUCCCGCCUUUUUUCCCCGAGGUACGGCUCAGGUCGAGGGGAGCCAAGCCCGCUGUUAUCCGAAAAGUUGCCAGGAAUGACAAGGAGCUUGCAGAGGGCAUCUACAUCCAGAGCGCCACGCUCGACGGCAAGCCCUACACCAAGAACUGGAUCUCGCACGAGUUCUUCUACCAUGGCGGAGUGCUGGAGCUCACGGUGGGCUCGGAGGAGAGCGAUUGGGGCACGAGGGAGGAAGAUGUGCCUCCCAGCUACCCCGUCACCGUCGCAUCUAAGACAGCAGCGCCAACCCGGACGCUCCAGGAAGGUUAA